AUGGCCACCGUGGUAGAAGUCCCGGCCACAUUCGCCAUGGCCAAUGUACCUGCUGGCCUAACUGACCUCACCGGCUCCGACUUGAAAGGUCCCUCUUCCCCUUUGCCCCCUGUGUUGGAAUUCGACGCAGGCAAAUGCACCUCGGACGAGUUAAUUGCUGCUUUGAAACUCUCCGGCGGAGUCAUAAUCCGUAACUUUCUCAAUAAGACAGAGAUCGCCACGAUUGAGGCCGAUGUUCGUCCUUGGCUAGAUAAAGACAAGCACUGGGAUGGGGAUUUCUUUCCCAAGGAAACUCGCCGUGCGUUUGGGCUUGUCGGAAAGUCCAAGACAUUCGCCCUGCGAGUCGUAGGGCACGAACUAUGGCUAGAAGUUUGCGACGCUCUUCUAACAAGCGAGCUGAAGGGUAAUUGGGAGACAAGUAUCGCCCAGCCGCAGCUCAAUAACACAGUUGUAUUCAGCAUCGGCCCUGGAGCAAAGAACCAGGUUCUGCAUAGGGAUGAUCAAGUCCAUCACCAGUACCUGCCCGCCGUGGUGUCCCACGAACAGGGCCGAGAUGCAGGCAUCGGUCUCUUCGUGGCCGGAAAGAAGGCUACUCGCCAAAAUGGGGCUACAAGAUUCAUCCCAGGAUCACAUCUUUGGGACUACUCAGAGGGUCCGCCACGCGAAGACCAGACAUACCAUGCGGAGCUGAACCCCGGGGAUGCUUUUAUGAUGCUUUCCGGCUGUUUCCAUGGCGGUAGCGCCAACAAAACCGCCGACGAAGAGCGACUGUUGUUCUCGUGCUUCUAUACGCGGAGUUGGAUGCGUCAGGAGGAGAACCAGUACCUUGCCAAUGACAUUGAGAAGAUCAAGGAACUGCCGCUGUGGUUGCAGGAGCGGAUUGGCUGGUCUGUUUCGAGGCCGUUCCUUGGGUGGGUGGACCUGAACGAUCCGAUGAGGAUUCUACGUCCAGAGCUGGAGUCGCAUAAGGAUCUGAUUUGA